CGCCCGCCCAGCCUUUAGCCUCCCUCCCACCGCCUCUGUCUCCCUCUCUCCACGAACUGCCCAGGAGUGAGCAGCUGCUCUGGACGGCCCAACAGACGGACACACGGAUUGCUGGACACUCAAGCCUGCCAACCAGCCAGCCUGCACCCAACGCUUCCCCUCCUCAGGCACGUCCAUCAUGUGGCCCCUCUGGCUCCUCACGUCCCUGCUGGCCCUGAGCCAGGCCCUGCCCUUCGAGCAAAAGGGCUUCUGGGACUUCACCCUGGACGACGGGCUGCCCAUGCUGAACGAUGAGGAGGCUUCGGGUACCGACACCUCGGGCGACCCGGACAUUGACUCCCUCACGCCCAGCUUCAGCAACAUGUGUCCUUUCGGCUGCCACUGCCACCUGCGGGUGGUUCAGUGCUCCGACCUAGAUCUGAUCACUGUGCCCAAGGAGAUCUCGCCCGACACCACACUGCUGGACCUGCAGAACAACGACAUCACCGAGCUUCGGAAGAAUGACUUCAAAGGCAUGCCGCACCUCUAUGUAAGCCCGCCCAGCCCUUUUUAAAAAAAUAUAUUUUUUU